CACAUAAUUAAUCUACCGAAAAUAAACACGCACUCACACAGUAAUUAAUCUAAUCUAAUCUAAUCUGAAUCAAUUGGGGGUACGGCCGUCAUGAAGAAUUCCGAUUCUAGGGUGCUAGAAGUCAGGGUCAUCUCAGCCGAAGAUCUCUCCGUGAACCGGAGACAGCCCUUGAAGAAGAAUGCUUUCGUGGUCAUCAAAUCGGAAGCCCAGAAAAUCGAGGCGGCGACGACGGUCGAUAAGGACGGCGGGAGUUAUCCCUCGUGGGAUGAGAAAUUCUCGGUCGACAUGCCCAUGCAUUCACGUUACUUGACAGCGGAGGUCCGGUGCAGGGGCGGCGCUGGCGGCGACAGGCUGAUCGGGUCCGCCAAGAUUCCGGUGACGGAUUUCCUUGGUGGGCUCGUCCCGGAGAACUAUUUGCACUUUUUGAGUUACAGGUUGUGGGAUUACAAUGGGGAGAGGAAUGGGAUCAUCAAUCUUUCCGUCAGGGUCGUCAAGGGUUCGCCGGCGGCGAAGGUUGGUUUUAACGCCGGCGGUGCUAGUUGUUCGUCUACGCAACCGUGGGCCGGAGUUCCCGUUGCCGAUAAGGUUUCCAGUGGAGGAACGGUUACCGGCAUUCCCGUUUGGUAGAUAAGUUUGGUUAGGAUUUUCUGACGGAGGGGUGAAAGGAAAUUUCCACUGUUUAAUUGUCUGGGAUAAUUGGGAUUGAUUUGGUGGUAAAUUGUACAUGAGUUAUUGAUAUACUUUGUAUGAAUUUGCACAUACUUAUUAUUCUUUCCGUUUUAUUUGGGAUUUGUAACAAUCCCUAUAUGCAUCGUAGACCGCAGUUCUUAUCUAACUUUGCUUUUUGUUUGGGAUUUUGUUAAAAUCCUCAAUAAUCAUCAGUUUUUGGUUUGGGAUUUAUUUUUUUCCUCCAAAUUAUUAAGAAUUUCAGACACAUAUAGUAUGUAUAUGAUUCGGAAUUGGAGAAAUGUUCUAAACUACUCCCUCUGGUAUUUAUUAUAAAGUAUUUUGAUUUUGUUUUAGUUUCACAUAUGUAGUCUUUUUAAUUCAAAUAAAAACCUUAAAAAUAUUUUUUAUAAUAAUUGAUAAAAC